CAGAGUGGAGAAGAUCUCAUGAUCAUCUGAGCAGCCGGUAGAGAAGAGCAGGGCAGAAUGGAGAUGACUGAGCACAUCUAUCAACAAUUAGACCCUGAUGGAGUCAACAGACCCUCUUUGGACAAACAUGAAGAAACAGACACUGGACCCUGGAAGAGGGCUGCUGUGUGUCUGGGUCUGCUGUGUGCUCUCCUACUGUCUGCCAUCGCACUUCUCAGUUUCAGAAUGAUGGAGACCAAACAGUUACAGACCAGCUACAAAGAGAAACUACAGAUGCAGUCAGGUUACGACAACAUGACCAUAGAAUACCAACAGCUACAGGUUACUUACAACAACCUCAAAACAGAGAACUCCCAACUGCAGACCAGUUACAGCAAUCUCAGCAGAGAUAAUUCCCAGUUGCAGGACAAUUACAACAACCUAAAUAGAGAGAAAUCCCAGUUACAGACCAGUUACAACAACCUGAAUAAAGAGAAAUACCAGUUAGAGACCAGUUAUAACAACCUGAAUAGAGAGAAAUCCCAGUUAGAGACCAGUUAUAACAACCUGACUAAAGAGAAAUCCCAGUUGCAGGACAAAUUCCACACCAUGGCUGCUGAGAAGGAUAAACUGCAGGAGAGACUUUGUAACCUGAGUGAGUGUCCAGAACUGGUUGUAUCAUUUCAUACUUAA